AAGAGCAGCUCUACACAGGAAAAUACCAGGAGCUACUUGGAGUUAGCCUGAAAGACAAAGCCCACAGCUCUACGUUUCAUUGGCACUUUGCACUGCAUACGAGAGAGAGAAUCUAACAAUGUGCGACCUGGAGAAUACUUUGGACAAGCCGGUACAGAUUAAUGAGAAAGAUGCUGUGGAUGUUACAAUGGAAAAACUGAGGAGCAUUAAACACCACAACCUCACAGUAAACUUCACUGAAGAUUGGCCUCGAGUGCUGAGUCACAAAGAUCCAAAUGAUGAAGUUCUAGAUUUUAAAGUUCGAGAACGUGAAGAUUCAGGCUUUGAAGAUCAAGUCGAUGAAGAGCCUUUCGAUGUCACAAAGAGAGAUGAAGAGUCAAACAGCGGUUUAAGCUCGAGUGAUGAAGCGUUCAUUGAGGAUUGUUGUCCACUUUGUUCACAUGUUUGCACUGAGCCUGCGGUGCUGCAGUGUGGCCACAGCUUCUGUAACGGCUGUGUGCAAGAAUGUGAGAAGUGGAAAAAGUCUUUUAAAUGUUCACUCUGUAACAAAGUCAACAACAACCCAGAGCCUCCAGUUAAUGUUUCCAUGAUGUGUUCAAGUGAAAGCGACAGAGUUGAUCCAUCAGGAGGACAAAGAAAUGUGCAGCCCCUGAAGUUGUUGACUCCUUCAUCUCCAGAGCUUCCACUGUCUGAAGAUCUGACUGAGGAGACUUCAGUGUUUGGCAAACAUUACAAACCCCAUGUGCUGAUCAUUAAAUAUAUUGACACGGAAGAUGUCACAACUGUUAUUACAGUUGAGGAAGCUGAUGAAGACUAAAACCUUUUCAGUUAACUACAACAUAAUAACCUUGAUGAGAUAUGAGGGUUAAAUGAGCCUGUGCUCCUUCAUGACCCUCUCAAACAUUCCUCCUUAUUUUUUUGUAUUUGUAACUCCUCACAUGGUUUCUGUUCAUGUAGUGCAUUAACAGGCUGGUGUUAACUCAUCACGAGCUCGUCUUUUUAUGAAAUGGUUUAUUCUGUUGCCUGUAACAGUAUAUUUUGAGUUUUUUUUUUAUCCCUCUUUCUUUCAGAUGAAAAGUAGCACUGUUUAUGUUAAAUAUUCUCUUGUGUCUUUCCUGCUAGUCUUAUUUAUUUGUAGAUCUUACAUCAUUUAAAGUUCUUUUGGCAGUAUCGUGUGUUUUGUGUGCCGUAAAAGUGACAAAGCACAACUUGGACUUUGCUUCCAUCUUGUGUUCAACAAGCACAGCUACAGUGUGCAGGUCUGAGAGUGUGAAACCAAACUGUGAACAAAUAGGUUUUUUAACGUCUUUUCAGUGACUGAUGCCACGCUAAUGCUUUUAUAUGUAAUAUUCUAUUUUGGUAGAAUCAAUUUCUGUCUUCUAUCGAGAAGGUUCAUUUGAUUAUUUUUAUGUUUUUUUGUCUGAAGUUGCAUUAAAUAAAAUG